ACGCCCGGUUUUGGUUUUUGUGUAGUUUAAACGUACUUUUUAUGAUAGAGGGUUGUCUGUCGUACAAAAAGGAGCAACGAUUGAGGGCGUACAGGUGGCGUCCAUGUAUUGCAAUUUAUUUGUUGACCAUGCUGCCUUGCAUUUGGCUGCUACAAAUUCACCGAUAUGAUGUUGCAAUAGCGACAACGGAUGAAAUAACUACCAUACAACCUACAAGUACCGUCUCCACAACAGCAAAGUAUAAUACCACGACAACAUCAAAACCAGGAGUGUUGGAUUCAAUAGCCAACACGAUUCUGUCUGUUGAAGAUUCAACAUGGAUCGUUGUGAUUCAAGAGCUCAUGAUCUACGUCCUUCUGUGUGUGGUUUGGCUUCUUGAUAACGUGCCGCACGAUUUGCUCUCACAGCAGUUAAUUGCAUUUCUGGCAUCAGCGUCCGACAUUAUGGAGCUGUAUGCACUUUUCGACGAAUCUGCCGUACAGAAGGACUUUACUGUCACCUGUGUUGUGCUUGGUGUUUGGACGGUCAGCUUUAUCCAGUUUGUUCCCGUCUUACACCAACGAUCUUCCACUAACAAAGUUCAAGAUUCGUCUAUGAUGACUGACAUAAGGAAUUCAUACGAGCAUGGUCCUUGGGAAAUUGCGGAAUGUAUUGUAGCCAUUAUUUUCCAAGACGGUCCAUUCUUGAGCGUGCGGCUAUUUGUAGUCAUCGAUCUUCAGUUAGUUACGUACAGUUUAGUGUUUUUCUUGAUAAAGAACCUCCUGUCUCUAGUUCUGCUUGUUUAUAGACUGAUCGGACUUUGCAGUAAGGAAAAAUAAACAAAAUGCACAACAAAAUGUUUCCAUAGUUUACGUCGUUAUACAUGUACGUUGUUUGAAAGAAAUUUAGAACAAUACAAUGAGUCAAAUUAUGAGUUUAUGAUUCAUCAUAUUUGCGAAUUUCUUAUUUGAUAUCUGAUGUAUUCAUAUACUGAAAAUACAUUUUUGUCGAUAUGAAGGAAGUGAUAUAUGAAGAAGAAAGCGUAUGUUUGUGAAGGCGUCAGAAAGUCAAAUCAACAGUUUCACUCUUUCAUGCAUGUAAAACAUGAAAGAAUUAAGGUUAAUAAUCAAAACAAUUUAGGGGCUUAUAUCAAUUACAGAAAAACACAUAUGUUAAAGGGACUCGGCACCAGAUGGUCCCAAACUCGGCAAAUACAGUAUUUCCUUAAAACAAGACUAAAAUUGUCAACUGUAUGAGGCCGGUAAUACAUCAUUUUACAUGAUUAAAAGAAUAUAUUGUCGCUGUCGCAGCUGAAUUUACCGUUCAAAAGGCGCAUAAUGGUUUCCAGUUUAGUGUGUGUAUACUUAGCAUUUGAAAGUCACGUGAUUGGAACAGAUACAUGUUAUACUCCCGAAAAAGAUAGUUUCUCAAAACUAUAUAAAGAUGAAAUGUUGAAAAGUUUUAGUUGUUUGCCUUCCUCUCGGCUUUAGGCCCGCCUUUAACGAAAAUUAAAAUUAAAAAGCGCUGAAGCAGUUUUCCCUUGCCUCAAUCCUAUAUUGGAGAGGAAGAGUACUUUAAAGAAGUAGACGAAAACUCCAUUAUUUGACCUUAUUUUUGACAUUUUUAAACAUUCUGUUGGAACUUUGAAACAGUUAUUUUCACCACAAUUCAUCUCUUCAUACUUUGUCAAAAGCUUUUUAAGGUCUAUAAAUGCAGUGUUACAAGUAUAUCAAAUAAUUAUGUUCAUUUACAAUUAUAUCCAUGCAUCUGACUUUGCUAUUGAUUCAAGUCCAAAUUCCUUCCUCGGUAAUUGGGGAAAUUACAUAUUCGUUAUUACUAUUAUCAUUACCAUCUUCAAUAGUUUUAGCAUUUAUUUCAGCAUCAUGGUUUACAUUGUCGUGAAUGGUUUGACGGUCCCUUAUUAUUUAUACUUUUCCAAAAUAAAAUAAAACCUUUUGAAUUCUAAACUCUGUCAUUUUAUAACUUGCUAUGAAUUGAUUUGUAUAUAAUUGGAUUUUUUUCCCUUUUUUAAAGUAUUAUUUCAUAAGCUAUGGUAUAUAAUAUAUACGACCAAACCAUACGAAGAAUUUACUGUUUAUGUUCAGGUAUUAUGGUAUGCAAACGUUGAUACAGACGUUUCAAUAAAUUUGGUCUAAUAUUGUGGUUGCUUUUUGUAUAUGUUUGCAAUUUUCUAGAAUACAUUA